GGAGUUGGAGGCCCAAAGAACUGGAGGGCCGCAAUUGGCGGGUGUCGUUGCACUGAGGGCGAUGGAUACGCAUGGCUUCAAGCCAGUCGCGAGACCAAGGAUUCCAAAAUGGCGGCGCCCUGAUGAGUUCGGCUGAAAGGAGGGCGGCGCUGGCGUCGGAGGCGGGCCCCUCUCUCUCGGCUUCCCUGACCAGGAAGGGGAAGGAAGGGAGGGAGAGCACGGUCCUGGGGCUGCUGCUGUGGCCAUGGACCGCUUCGCGUGGGCCUCGGGCCUCCUGGAUAUCCACGAGAACCUGGUCACGCAGCAGCGCGGGGUCCGCCUCUACGACGGCGAGGAGAAGCUGAAGUUUGAUACAGGGAUAUUGCUUCUGAGUACACACAGAUUAAUCUGGAGAGAUCAGAAGAAUCAUGAAUGUUGUAUGGCUAUUCCUCUUUCUCAAAUCAUUUUCAUUGAAGAACAGGCAGCUGGAAUAGGAAAAAGUGCCAAAAUAGUGGUUCAUCUUCACCCAGCACCUUCCAGCAAGGAACCUGGCCCCUUCCAGAGUAGUAAAUACUCCUAUAUCAAACUUUCCUUCAAAGAACAUGGCCAGAUUGAGUUCUACAGGAGACUAUCAGAAGAAAUGACACAACGAAGAUGGGAGAGCAUGCCUGUUUCUCAAACCAUAGAAGUUAACAGAAGUUCACAGACAGGAAGAAUACGAGCUGCAGGGAUUGUAGGUAUUGAGCGAAAAUUAGAAGAAAGAAGAAAAGAGAUGGAUAAAAACAUUUCCGAAGCUUUUGAAGAUCUCAGCAAACUCAUGGACAAGGCUAAGGAAAUGGUGGAACUGUCCAGAUCGAUUGCCAACAAGAUCAAAGAUAAACAAGGCGACAUCACUGAAGAUGAGACAAUCAGAUUUAAAUCCUAUCUGUUGAGCAUGGGUAUAGCUAACCCAGUUACCAGGGAAACCCAUGGAUCUGGUACACAUUAUCAUAUGCAACUGGCAAAGCAAUUAGCUGGAAUUUUACAAGCACCUCUUGAGGAACGUGGGGGAAUAAUGUCACUGACGGAAGUGUAUUGCUUGGUGAAUCGAGCCCGAGGCCUGGAGUUGCUCUCACCUGAAGAUCUCGUAAAUGCCUGUAAGAUGUUUGAAGCGCUCAAGUUACCUCUAAGGCUGCGUAUAUUUGACAGCGGAGUUAUGGUGAUGGAGCUCCAGUCCCACAAUGAAGAAGAAAUGGUUGCUUCUGCUUUAGAGACAGUGUCUGAGAAGGGGUCCCUUACAGCAGAAGAGUUUGCAAAGCUUGUAGGAAUGUCUGUACUUUUAGCCAAAGAAAGGCUUCUUCUAGCUGAAAAAAUGGGCCAGCUAUGCAGAGAUGAUUCUGUAGAAGGCUUGCGGUUCUAUCCCAAUCUAUUUCUUACACAAAGUUAAUGGCACACUGUUCCUUCAUUCCAAAUAUAUCUGCCACGUAUAGCCUGGGUGAAAGGGUGUCAGUAAUGCAUCUCUUACAUAGUAGAUGCAAUGGCGUUUGUCAGCCAUAGAGAUGCAGAAAUAUUCCCAGUGGUGGGAAGUAUCCUAACCUGGAAAUCAUGGUCAGAUGUUGCGGGAAGCGGAUCUAGAAACAUUCUAUGACGUGCUGCUUGAAUCCCAUUUUCCUUAUGUAGGAAGGGAAAUGAUCCAUAAAAGGUGAGGGUGUUGAUAUAACCCUUUGAAAAGAUAGAGUACAAUGCUGUUUGCUCAUUAUAUUUUUUCAACCUUUUUUUCUAAGUAUGGAUUUUGUAUUUGCAACUCCAAAUAAGUGAUUUACCAAAUCAUUGGUAUCGAUGUAAUUCAAAAUAAAUGUAGACUGUACCUAC